AUGAAGAUCACUGGAAUAACAACUGCGGCUACAAUCUUGAUUGGAUUGAAUUAUUUCAAGGCUAUAUUUACACAGAUGGUGAUCCCUGAGGUGGACUGGGAUGGGUCGCCUGAGUUCAAGGCAACAAUUAAAGAAUUGAUCAACUCAGGCUCUUGGGGCAAUUCACAAGAAUACCAUUUCCAGAACAACCCAUCAACCAUUGAAUUUGCAGCUGGUGCAACGGUCUCACCUGGGCCCAAUCCAAAACAAAUUUCUAUCACCAACAAAGGGAACCACAACUUAGAAUACUUGAUGAGAAGUCAGGAUAGAUCUAAGUACUUGACUUUUAAACUUGAACCCAACCACCAAGACUUAAUUCCAGGGGAUGCUGCCACUGUCUGGGUUAGGUUUUCGGAAGAUGGUUAA